AAAACGAAACUGUCAAAUAAAAACAAAAUUUGCUUUGUUUGAGUUGUUACAAAUUGUUUGAAUAAAAAAUUUAAAGUGUUACAAAAACAUAACCAAUAAAUAAAAACAAGGGAACACAAGUUUGCCAUGUCCAAAAGUGAAAUCCUCUACGUGAAGGGGAUGAAUAUUUCUGAAUCUGAGGGGGAUGAUGAUGAUCCAUGGGACGACAAGAAGCUUAACGAUGCGUAUGACAAAGCUGUGAGGAUCGCUAAUGUCGAAGUAGCCAAACGCGUGGCUAUGUCCACAAAUACCCCUAGUACGACUACUGAACCUGUGUUUUUUUCCAAAAAAGACAAAUCCUCUACCAAAUCGUAUUCUGCAAAGAAGAAGGAAUCAGCUCAAAACAUGAACCACAACGUGAAAACAAAUGAAACUCUGAAGGAAAUAAAAUGGAAGCCUGGCAUGCCUUGCCGAUUGGUGUACAUGGAGGAUGGAAUGGAGUAUGAAGCAGUAUUCAUAAGAAGUAUUGAAAAUGACGAGUGCAUAGUCAAAUAUCUAGGUUAUGAAACCCAAGAGAUAGUCCAAAUUGAUGUUUUAAAGCCUUCAAUGGGCAAGGAAGCCAGGACUCGCCAGAUUAAGGAAGCAAGACGUGAACAGACUGAAGAUAGCUUUGACAGUCAGUCACCUAACUUGGAAGCGAUGGAGACCAGUGAUAGAGUCAUGAGUCCUGAUAGCGUGGAUAGAUCAUCGCAGAGACGAAAGAAAUCGUCAAAGAAGAAGAAGAAUCAGUCGCGACAUUUCCAUGUGACUGGCGGUUUUGAUCUGCCAGAGAUGCCUCCAAUGCCGAAUUUAUCGAUGUUGAGAAAUCAGCUAGGCACCGGGGAGAUGCCGAUGCCGCCUCCCCCGAUGAACUUCUCGUCUCUCGACAGAUCGGACUCUGAGGAGCAAGCGAUCUCCUCCAUGCUGCUCAGCUGGUACAUGAGCGGGUAUUAUACUGGACUCUAUCAAGGACUUAAAAGGGCUAAAGAAAGUCGCAGGAACAUCUAGUAACAUAAGUGUGAGUUGAUGAAUGAGAUAUUAAAUAAAAAGGUUACAUUUA